CCGAGAGCGAAGAUGCGCCUUCACACUGACAGCGGAGGAGAGGAGGAGGAGAAAGACGGCUGAUGCCUGAUGCUACAGAACGAGUGGCGAAGGGCAGCAAGCAUCCAGCAAAAGCAGAGCCUCCGCCGCCGUCUCCUCUCCUUGUGUGCCGCGAGCUCCGUGUGCGCGUAGCCGGACCGGACGCCCCCGGAACAAAGCGAAGCCGGAAAGGUUCCAUUCGCGAUUGUUAAUAAACCCGGAGAGAGAAACGCCGAUGCCCAGCGCCCAUCAAGUCCGAAUCGCAUCCCUCGAAAAAAGAAAGAUGCAAUGAAGUCGGAAUCGCAUCACUGACGAGGAGGGAGGAGGAGGAAAAGUAUCCCCCCCGCAGAUUCCGAUGGACGGCCCAGAUCCCCCGAUCCCCUCCCCACCCCGCCGCCCCUCCUUAACUACCCCCCGCCCUCCCUCGCCACCACUCGCCAUCUCCCACUCCCUCUCGCCUCCGCCCUCCCUCCCCGACUCCGUCCGUCCGUCCGGCCGGUGCAACCUAGGCGAGGGAGAGGGGGAGAUGACGACGCUGGGGAAGCGGCACAGGAACAGCAGCUCGAUGCGGCGGACCACGAGCAUGUCGGGCUUCGCGGUGCCGCCGGAGGAGGAGGAGGCGGGACGCCAGCCGCCGACGCGGGCGGCGAGGGGCGCCUCGGCGGCGCCGGCGCAGACGGAGUGGGGCGCCUCCCAGCGGCGCCACUCGGGGGACUUCAACGCCGUCGUGGAGACGGCCGCCUUCCUCAAGGCCUGCGGCCUCUGCUGCCGCCGCCUCGGCCCCGGCCGCGACACCUUCAUAUACAUGGGCGAGGUGGCCUUCUGCAGCCUGGAAUGCAGGCAGCAGCAGAUGAACCUGGACGAGCUCAAGGACAAGAAAUGCUUCCCGGCGACCGGCAGCGGCGGCUCGGACGGCGCCAGCGGCACCGUGGCCGCCGCCUAGCAUCGACGCAGCAAAAGAACAGAAAAUCGUUGGCGCCCUCUAGGGAACCAAACCCGUUAAUUAGUUUCUGUCAGCAUAUGUGCAUGAUAUAUAUAUAUCCUAUAUAUGUCGUGUUAUUGUGUAUAUUGCUGGUUCGGGUUGUGAGCCAGGAUUAAUGGAAGGGGAUGUAGAGAUUGGAAUUGGGACUAGGUGAGGUGAAAGCUUGCAAGUGGCUUCGGCGCACCUGUUCUCAGGUGUGCUGAGCAGAUCGGGGGAUAUUUUGUAUCCUGGUGCAGAAUUAGGUCAUGCGAUUUGGGGCUGCUACUGUUAAAUUUUUGCAUAUGAAUCAAGAACUUAAGCUCUCCAAGUUGUCUGAAA